CAUGAAUUGUUCUUAGCUACUACGAUGACCAAAGAGAUGGUCAGAAGUCCAAUUCCAAUAUUUUAUUGAGAAUGUAUUACCAACAAGAGCUUCUUGCAUGAUGUUAAGAGACUUAAAUGGAUCACAAAAUAGUUUGGCGUUCAAGACAACUCCAAGAUCUCGGCAGGCUACUUGCCAUUGCAAACUUCCAUCUUCGUGAUUGAUUCUUCAACCUUCGACUCCAAGUUCUGGGUUGACUCUGCUGGCCUUCUGAUAUGGAAAUUGGGCUCUCGACGUUGUUGGUGAUACUUACAGGUCUCCUUCAUCUUGGUUCCGGCGACACAGAUCCUAAUGAUGCUGCUGUUCUGCGAUCUAUGCUGAAUCAAUGGGAAAAUGCUCCACCAACCUGGGGGCAGUCGGAUGAUCCCUGUGGCACGCCAUGGGAAGGAGUUUCUUGCGACAGCACCAGGGUGACCGCGCUGAGACUGUCGACGAUGGGCAUCAAAGGUACAUUAAACGGCGACGUAGGCCAGCUCACCCAAUUGCAGUCUCUGGACUUGUCAUACAACGGAGGUCUCAGCGGUCCACUCUCUGCAAGUAUCGGAAAUCUGAAGCAGCUUACCACUUUCAUCUUGGCUGGCUGUAGCUUCAGUGGCAGCAUCCCACAGGAAUUAGGCAAUCUGAAGCUGCUCUCCUUCUUGGCUCUGAAUUCGAACAAGUUUAGCGGUCGGAUUCCUGCUUCGUUGGGUCUCCUAUCUAACCUGUAUUGGCUAGACCUAGCAGACAACCAGUUGACUGGAUCUCUCCCUAUAUCAACGAACUCCACUCCGGGUCUGGACCUUCUUGUCGGCACGAAGCACUUCCAUUUCAACAAGAACCAGUUAUCAGGAGAAAUUCCAGAACAACUAUUCAGCUCCCAGAUGACGCUAAUACACAUACUCUUCGACUCGAAUCAAUUUACUGGUUCAAUUCCAACCUCGCUGGGACUGGUGAAAUCGCUGGAGGUUCUUCGGCUCGACAAUAACAAUUUGGGAGGUCUAGUUCCAUCCAAUAUCAACAAUCUCACGAGCAUCAACGAACUGAACUUGGCGAACAAUGAGCUAACAGGAUCGCUGCCGGAUCUGACAGGAAUGAACAACCUCAAUUACGUGGAUCUGAGCAACAACUCCUUCAGUCCUUCAGAAGCUCCAGGGUGGUUUACAACAAUAGAAUCGCUCACCGCCUUAGUCAUUGAAUCUGGGGGUCUUUUAGGCCAAAUUCCAGAGGGGUUGUUCAGCUUGCCUCAAUUGCAACAAGUGUUACUAGAUAAUAAUCAAUUCAAUGGUACACUGAACAUGAGCAGCAUCGUUGGCUCCCAACUACAGCUCGUAAGUUUCACCAACAACUCCAUCACUGGUAUCGUGUCAGCAUCCAGUUACAGUAACACUCUGAUGCUUUAUGGAAAUCCGGUGUGCAAUUCUUCACCUGUAAACACCGCAGUCUACUGCCUCCUCCAGCAACAGCAGAAAAAGCCAUAUACAACCAGUUUAGCCACAUGCGGUUCUAUUUCAUGCCCCCAAGACCAGAAGCUUGACCCUCGGAGUUGUUCUUGUGCCCAUCCAUAUGAAGGGUCGAUGGUCUUUAGAGCGCCGUACUUCCGAGAUCUCACGAAUGCCACAUUGUUCCAACAACUAGAGAAGAGUCUGUGGACUAAUCUGAGCCUCGCUCCAAGUUCAGUAUACAUAUCCGAUCUCCACUUCAACAGUGAUAAUUAUCUUGAGUUGAACUUGGCUCUGUUCCCGUCGAAUGGAAUGUACUUCAACAGAUCAGAAGUUCUAAGAAUUGGGUUUGAUCUAAGCAACCAAACCUAUAAACCUCCUACCAUAUUUGGACCAUAUUAUUUCCUGGCACUCCCAUACACCUUCUCAGGUGGGACUAGUGGAAAGACAACCAUAAGCACAGGCGUUAUUGCUGGGAUAGCUGCUGGUUGCAUUGUUCUUGUAAUUGGACUUGUUUGUGUUGGGAUCUAUGCUUUACUUCAAAAGAAAAAGGCUAAUAGAGCUUCGAUACAAAGCACACCUUUUGCUACAUGGGGAUCCGGUGGCAAAGAUGAUGGCAGCGCACCUCAACUCAAGGGAACGAGAUGGUUUCCUUUCGACGAGAUCAAGAAGUGCACCAACAAUUUCUCAGACGCUAAUGAAAUCGGCUCCGGAGGUUACGGAAAGGUCUACAGAGGAAUCCUUUCGAGUGGGCAGAUGGUUGCAAUCAAGAGAGCGCAGCAAGGAUCCAUGCAAGGAGCACUGGAGUUCAAGACAGAGAUUGAGCUGCUUUCUAGGGUUCAUCACAAAAAUCUAGUUGACCUCGUAGGCUUUUGCUUUGAACAAGGAGAACAGAUGCUGGUGUAUGAAUACAUCCCUAAUGGAACAUUGAGGGAGAACUUGAUAGGGAGAGGUGGGAGACAGUUGGACUGGAAGAAGAGACUCAAAAUUGCUCUGGGCUCAGCUAGAGGGUUAGCUUAUCUUCAUGAAUUGGCCAAUCCCCCCAUAAUUCACAGAGAUGUCAAGUCCACCAAUAUCCUUCUGGAUGAAAGCCUCGAUGCAAAGGUUGCAGAUUUUGGCCUCUCAAAACUAGUAUCAGACAGUAAAAAAGGACACGUUUCCACCCAAGUCAAGGGAACACUGGGUUACCUGGAUCCUGAGUAUUACAUGACUCAACAGCUCUCGGAGAAGAGUGAUGCGUACAGCUUUGGUGUAGUCAUGCUGGAGCUGAUAUCUGCAAGGCAACCAAUAGAGAAGGGCAAGUACAUAGUUCGCGAAGUUAGGAUGGCGAUCAACGACUACGACGAAGAGUGGUAUGGCCUCAAGGAGAUGGUGGAUCCGGCGAUGCGGAACACAGGAAAUCUCAAAGGGUUUCGGAGGUUCGUGGAGUUAGCAAUGAGAUGUGUGGAAGAGUCAGCUGCCAACAGGCCGACGAUGAACGAGGCGGUGAAGGAGAUCGAGACGAUUUUGCAGAGUAAUGGAUUUAACACACAAGCAAGCUCAUCAUCCUCGUCCACCACAGACUUUGGCAACUCACACGGCUCUCCUCGUCAUCCUUAUUCUGAUCACACGCAAAGAACCGAGGAAAGCAGCGGCGCUUUCGACUAUAGUGGUGGGUAUUCAGCAAAAAUUUUGCCCAAGUAGUGUGGAGAUUUGACAUUCUUUAUUUUGGUUCCUCGUUCCUUUUCUGUCUCAAGGUCUAUACAGAUUCAGCAAUGCUAUAUGAAACAUCAAUCUGCGGAGAAUAUUUCACUCAUUAUUUUGUUUU